UGUUAUUCGCCUUAGGACCGAGUGGCAUCGUAGAGGAUUACAAUGACAAACAAUUUGGGACCUAUCCAGGCUCCCGUUGUGAUACAAAGUAGACGAGACCCGUCGUGAUUGAAUCUUCAUUCAGUAAACAAAUAUUCAUGGACUGUUUAGAGUGAACAUGAUCGGGAGAAUAGCUUCUGCAUUAUAAGGCUCUAUGUGACUGAAUGUGUGGGAAUGAGGCGACUGGAUUCGGAUUCUAAUGGCCUCUUCUCAUCUAGAGAAAACUCAGACAAUGACUGUGAGGAUGUAAUGGGAGCAACUUGUGGAGAGGCCAGUGCAGUGUGUCUAUGCGAGAGGUUCUCUUGCACAACCUACUGUGAACAACAUCCUCAAGCAGAUGCACGCAAAUGUGAACAAUGUGGGAAAAAUCGUUUUAUGCUCACCAGAUACUCAGAGGGAUAUGGAACAGAGGAGGAGUGCGUCCAGUCAGAUCCUCAGGGAGAAAGCGAUGCUGACGCUGAUAUUGAGGACACAGAUAGCAGGCUGCAGGUGGCUGGAUCCUUGCAGCGCGUUAGCUCUCGCAAACGGAAGCGUCAGCGAAUCACCAGGCAGGACACGACGGAGAGCGAGGACGACGGAGGGCACACUCAGAGGACUCAUCGCUGGAACCUCCGACUGAGUCCCCACCGCACGCACAACAAGACCAUUCUAGAGGAGAGCGUCUCGCAGGUGCGGCCCCUUGUCCUCUGCCACUGCACCGCUGGCGAGGUCCAGCCCACGCAGGUGGAGGUGCCCACGGGCCCCAGGAAGUGGCUCCUGACCCAGUGGCCCUCGGCCUUCUCCAGCCCACUCCUCCUCUUCCUCCUCUUCCUCCCUCUCGCGCUGAGCUUCAUCAUCGUGAUCGUCUCCUUCCUGCUGCCUCUGACCAACACUUGACCAACAUGCUCCUCCUCUUGUGGUUUGUUUGCGUCAUGUUGUGUGGGGUCCAUGAAAGCCUUUGUGUUGUGUGUCGUGUAGAAAACUGGUAGUUGGGUUCCACAAGUGUGUGUCCCUUUAGCCAUAAUUAAAGUAAUAGUUGACCUUUCGACCUUUAAGAUAAAUGUUUAUAUUAUCUACUGUGCAGAACAUGCAUCUGUGCUUGUACUGUAAAUUAUGUCACUAUUUAGAUGGUUGCACUUAUUGCUUAAUUUAGUUGAAAUAUUUUGAAGAGUAUAAUACUUAUUUUAUGUACUUGGCUGAAACAUAGAGAUGUCUAUUUUUAUAGUGCCAGUUCCUGGUUGCAGUUAUAAUUUAUGGAUUUCAUGAAAAUCAGUGAACCCUUAAAAUGAUCAAAUAUGUAAGGGAUAAUGAAUAGUCAUUAUCUCACAUGUUGUAUGGUCACUUGCCAAAAAGAUAUUUCUGCAAAAUGUCACUUUAAAAUAAUUUUGUUUGCUGUUUUUUGGCUUCCACCGCGAGAACAAGAACAAACGUAUCAAAUCUUAACUUGCUUACUAUAGUUGCUAAAGUUACAACAAAUCAAAAGCACAAAACCCAUUGCCAAAUAUCAGUAUUGCCAUAAUCAACAAAAUAUUAGAUCUCCAGAUAUUUUAAGGGCACAUUCUUUUCAGUGGAAUGUUCUGCAGCAUUCUCUGAUGCUGUGUAAUAAAAGGGAUUAUGCCAGAGAGGCUUUAAUGAAUCCUUCUGUUGAUUUUAUCUAACGUGAGGGAUAUUGUCCAUGUGCACAAACUUAAAAGAUGUUAAACUACGAACUACCGUUAGCUAAAUCACUUAUCCCUCUCACAAUUCUUUAUUUUUUGACUCCCCUCCUCACUCCUAGUUCUUCUCUUCUUUCUUUCUUUCUUUCUUUCUUUCUUUAAUUUUUUCUUUCUUUCACUCUGAAUUAUUUCUCAGUUCUAAACCCUCAGUUGCUACACAAACCAGAAACAUUGUUAUUUCUUUCUAUAACUCGCUCUACCUCUCACUCUUCCUCUCUCUCUCUCUUUCUCUCUUUCUCUUUUGUGGCGAGUGGGAGAGUGAGGGUCAGUGAGAAGGUCGUUGGUGGGAGAAAAGAAAAGAGAGAAAAAAAAAACGUAUGUGACAUAACUAUGCAAUCUGCAGUCAAUCUGUGCGAGUCUCAGACUGAACUGAAAGACCCCUAGAGGAAGCUUAAGCACAAUCACAGAAUAGUGAACAUUUAAGUGAAAAUGUGUUUACAAAGCAAGCAAACUGGCAGACUCUUAGUAUCCUAGCCUAUGGUGAACAUAAAGGACUAACACUAACCAACCAAGCACAAGUGGUAUUGUCAGAGGGUGACAUACUCUGUGAUAAAGCACCCUUUUGUCUUGCCUCUAUAGCGAACUCCUUGGGAUUGUAUCUGUCCGAUCUUGUCGAUGCACUGUGUUUCAAAGAAGCCAAAAAAACAAAAAAAAAACAAAGCCAUGGUAUCUCCUCUUAGCACUAACCCAUUGAUAAUGUAUUUACUCCAGUAAUACAUUUAGAACCUGUCUUCCCUACCUCAGUAGAUAGGGACUGCCCACAGUCGAAGUGGCAGUCAUAAUGAAUAGCAUUUAUGUGUCUCUGAUGUGUGACUUCUCAUGUAGAGCGAGUCAUUCUGAUGUACUGUAUCUCUUCAGCCUCUGGUCCCUUGAUCUCUGGAUCCUGGUUGCCCUAUUUAAUGUCAGACAUGUAUUUAAUCAAGCUGUAGACAUUAGGUCCUUAGCAACCAAACACUUCUUGAACUUUUAAUUAGGUGGAAUUUGCUGUUUCAAUGCAUGGGUGAAGGAAACAGUAGGCUAACAGGCCUUUUCAUUUCAGACCUUUAGUUUUGGUCUUUAAAACUGUUCUGUGAGACAUGUUGCUGGUAAACCGUUGGCCUAGCGCAAAUACUUAUCUAUGUUAGAGACAAAAAAAAUGGAUUAAUCUGAAAUGUGAAAAGAAGUCUGUGUUGAUAAACCAAAGUUAUCCCCAGGAAUGUGUUUAAUGUUCUAUCUGUUCAACAAAGCUAUUUGACAACUCUCGCUACUUGUCUCCUUUUAAGGAUCGUUCCCUUGAAAAUAAUGAUGUCUCUUUGUGUGUUAUGUCUGUAGGGGUUGGAUAAGAGUGAGAAAGACUGAAAGGUUGAUGAUUGAAAGCUUAAUACCACAGCAUGAAUGCAGUACUUGAAUAUGUUCUUUGUACACCUAGUCUGAAUCCAGUGGCUCUCUCAGAGAUGUUGGCAUGGAAUGUUAAACAAAAAGACUAGAACUAAGCCUUUGUGAACCCUCACAAUAAUAUGCUAUAUAGCACAGUGAUGAUGCCAGUCCUCUUAAUGUCUAAAGUGAGAGGAAGACAAGACUUCUCAGUUUGACAUCUGUGCCAGAAAUAUGCUCAACGUUGCUUUGAUUUACUUAGUGGAGUUACUCGGUAUUCUAAUUUGGGAAUAACAGUUAUGAUAAGGAUUCUGCUAUGAAAGAUGUUGGUAGCUCUAAUAUUUGUUAUUACGUGAACUUGAGUAAAUUGCCAUAAAAUGUUUCACACAUAUUUGCAGAUGAGCAUGAUCAUGGAGCAUGAUCAAGGUCUUUUAUUAGAAUGACAGAAGAUGCAUAAGACUACAUGUUAAUGACUAACCUAGUCCCUUCAAGUAGAGAUAAUAAAAUAUGCUGGCCUUUGAAACAAGAUUUAGAUGAAACAUUUAAAAUAUAUAUAUAUAUAAAUAGAGAUUAAGAAGAGUAUAAACCACAAAUAACAGAGGUGGCGCCAUAGACUUACACUCUUGAGUGCUGUCAGCUUUGUGCAGGUCCAACCACCUGCUAUCCAGAGCCUCAUAGAGUGUAUGCAGUUGUGAUGCUCUUUGUACUAACGUGUAAAUGUCAGAUAAACAAGGUUUACCACCAACAAGAAAAAAAUGUAUGUUCCUUCUUUUCUGAAAGUGUGGCAAUGUACGUGUCUUGAAAAUAAAACCAGCAGAAAUGAAAGAAAGAUUUCAAUUUUAUUAUGACACUUAAUUGGACAGUUAUCAGGCUUAACCCUUUUCUUGAUUUGAAUAGUCUGUGUGUAUGUACUGUAUGUGUAAGAGAUUAGUACUGUAUGUGUAAGAGAUUAUGUAUGUGUAUGUUUGUGGGUGUGUGCAAAUAUGCACAUAUUUAUGUAUUUAUUUGUUCAUUUAUUGCUUCUGUUUACUGUAUAUUGUUGUGUUGUUGAUUGAUUUUCUUGGUCCAAGUUGGAAUAAAACCAAAAGUACACCCAUCUAGUCUAGUUUGCUCUC